ACCAGUACAGAAUAAGGAGAAAGGUAGAUAUCGAAAGAGAGAGAGAUGGGAGAGAGGCGAAGGGUGGGGGUGGGGAUGGACUUUUCGGCGACGAGCCGGGCGGCGGUGCGGUGGGCGGUCGAGAACCUCGUCCAGGACGGCGACACGAUCAUCGCCAUCCACGUUCAUUCCAGCAAGGCCGAGACACCCCAGAAAAAGCUCUGGGGGAACACCGGAUCCCCACUGAUUCCAAUGGAGGAACUCAGGGAGAUGAAUCUGCCCAAGCUGUAUGGUAUCAAUCCAGACCCUGAGAUCCUCGACCUCCUCGAUUCUACUUCCAGGACAAUGAAGGUGAAGGUUGUUUGCAAGAUCUAUUGGGGUGAUCCAAGGGAGAAGCUCUGUGAUGCGGUUGAGGAUCUUAAGCUUGACUGCCUUGUGGUUGGCAGCAGAGGAUUAGGUGUUCUGAAAAGGUUUUCCCUUCUUAUAUGUCCAUUAAUGUUUCUUAUAAGUAUCUUCUUUAGUUUGUUUUUCUACUUAUUUUUUCUACUAAUAUCUUCUUCAAGGGAAGUUAAUUUCCUUAAUGGAUUAUCUGCAAGUUAUAUUAUAGUCUAGCAUGUUGGGCCCAGUAUGGGUUCAUGUGGUUGACAAAUUAAUCUGGCAGUUUCUUUCUCGAUUUGUGGUUUAAAA